AUGCAUCGAGAGCCAGUCGAACCGCAGGAGGAACCACGGGAUAAGAUCUUUGAAGACCAACUCCCACCUUCAGACUAUCUCUCUCGGCAAAUAGAACUUGACGCCAAGGGGCGAUCUAUAGUGGUUACUUGGUUCGUCCGACUUCGCAAAUACUGCAACUUUAGUGAGGAUACGUUACAUAAAACUGUCAACACUUUCGAUCGCUUUAUGGCUUUAAACCCAACCAGGCAUGGAGAUAUUCCCCGUAUCGCGGCUGGAGCACUGGCUGCUACACUAGGGGCUAAUGGCUGUUCUUGGAUGAAUGUUCAGGAUACUAUCGGCCUUUUUCACCAUUCCCAGGUCACGGAAACUAAAAAGACCAUUCUUGAGCAACUUGGCGGCAGUUUAUUUCCAGCAACCCCAAUGCAGUUCCUCGACGAGGUCAACCAAGUCGAUGGCAGCGAGGAAGCCCCAAAAGUCUUGGCCAAGUACCUUCUGGAAGCGAUGCUAUAUGACAAACGAUUUAUAGGUAAACUACCGAGCCUCAUGGCUGCUGCUUCGUAUUGUCUCGCACGUGAGGUAUUAGGCAAAGGUCCCUGGUCAUCCCAGCAUGUCCAAUCAGUACAGUAUACCAGGUCGGCCCUUGAGGAGCCUAUUACAACUCUGCUGGAAAUCUGCCAGAACCCAAAAGAGCAUCAUCCGAAAACCAUGAAAAUGUUUAAUGAACAGCAUGCGGCAUUAUUCGCGGAAAUGGAAAAGGGCUUACAAAAACUCAAACCAAGUAGCAGUACCACGGUACAGUCACCCACAAGGACGUUCGGUGUACCGUCGUCUAAAUGCUCUUCCUAA